AUGUUUUACCCACUGAAACUCAUCCUGAUGCCAGUGUUACUCAGUUAUUCCUUGGGCCUGAAUGACUUGAUUGUUUCCUCCAUGGAGCUAACAGUCCACGUGGGUGAUUCAGCCCUGUUGGGAUGUAUUUUCCAGAGCACAGAAGAGAAACUUGUGACCAAGGUAGACUGGAUAUUCUCAUCAGGAGAGCACUUCAAGGAUGAUUACGUGCUCUUCUAUUAUGCCAACAUCAGUGUGCCUGUGGGGCAUUUCCAGAAUCGUGUGCGCUUGGUGGGGGACAUCUUACACCAUGACGGUUCUCUCCUGUUGCAAAAUGUGGAAGAGGCUGACCAGGGAAACUACACCUGUGAAAUCCGCUUCAAAAUGGAGAGCCUGGUGUUCAAAAAAGCAGUGGUCCUGCGUGUACUACCAGAGGAACCCAAAGAGCUCAUGGCUCAUGUGGGUGAUUCGACUCAGAUGGGAUGUGUUUUCCACAGCACAGAAGAGAAACACAUGACCAGGGUAGACUGGAUGUUCUCAUCAGGAGAGCACGCCAAGGAGGAGAUUGUGUUGCGCUAUUACCCCAAACUCAAGGCACCCAUGGGAUACCCUCAGAACUGGGGCCGCUUCCAGAACCGUGUAAACCUGGUGGGGGACACUUCCCGCAACGAUGGCUCCAUUAUGCUCCACAGAGUGAAGGAGUCUGAUGGAGGAAGCUACACCUGCAGUAUCCACCUGGGGAACCUGACAGUCAGGAAAACCACUGUGCUGCACGUGAUCCUGAAAGAGCCUCGAACAUUGGUGACCCCAGUAACCCUCAGACCUGAGAUCCUGGGCGGUAAUCAGCUGGUGAUCAUUGUGGGGAUCAUCUGUGCCACUAUCUUGCUGCUUCCUGUUCUGAUAUUGAUUGUGAAGAGGACCCAUGGAAAUAAGAGUUCAGUAACUUCCACGACCUUGGUCAAAAGCCUGGAGAACACAAAGAAGGCAAAUCCAGAGGUAAGAGAAGAACUCUGCCAUUUUGCUGCUGUGCUCAGUGAGGGCAAGAAACAUAUCUACUCCUCAAUAACCAUGCAAGAGGUGAUUGAUGAAGAAGAACCAAGUGGGAAGUCAGAGGCCACCUACAUGACCAUGCACCCAGUUUGGCCUUCUCUGAGGUCAGCACCAACUAGCCCAUCUGACAAAAAGUCAGAUGGGGGAAUGCCAAGAACAGAGCAAGCCUUUUGA